AUGUGGACAAAGAAGGGUGCUAUACGUGGAGAUUACUUAACGUACAUCUACUCUAAAAAACAUUGUAUCAAUCAGCUGUCCUCCAUAAAAACAUUUCACUCCAAACACUUGGCUAAAUCUCCAUUUCCCUUAGUGACCCAAUAUUCUGUUAUUUCUUCAUAUUUGAAUCCCACUGCUAGAAAAUUGAAAGAUACAGACCUUUUAGCUCAAACCCAAAUCCUCCCAAGUUUCAAAUUUGCUACUUUUUACUCAACUAAAGCCCCUUCAAGAUCGUUUAGAAGGAGAAAAAAUAAAAGAGAAAAAGCCAACAGCAAGCCUGUUCUUGAUGAAGCUAAAUUUCAACAAGCAAUUUCCGAACUCCCAUCAAGAUUCACCAAUGAUGAAUUGUGCAAUAUCUUAACACUUGAAGAUGAUCCUUUAGUCUGUUUGGCGCUUUUUAAUUGGGCAUCACAACAGCAUAGGUUUAGGCAUGAUGCAUCUACUUAUCAUGUCACUAUAAAGAAGCUUGGAAUUGCCAAAAUGUAUCAAGAGAUGGAUGAUGUUGUCAACCAACUUCUUGCUGUUCCUCAUAUUGGUAAUGAGGCUUCAUACAAUUCGAUUAUCUAUUAUUUUACAGAAGCAAGAAAGCUGACUAGAGCGGUGAAUAUAUUUAAGCGCAUGAAAAGCAGUAGAAACUUGGAUUGCAGACCAUCUAUUAGAACCUAUAAUAUUCUUCUCACGGCAAUGUUGAGCAGGGGAAGCAAUUCUUAUGUAAAUCAUAUGUAUAUGGAGACAAUGAGAUGCUUGUUUAAGCAGAUGGCAGAUGAUGGGAUUGAGCCUGAUAUUUUCUCAUUGAAUUCUAUGAUAAAAGGCUAUGUUCUUUCUCUGCAUAUCAAUGAUGCUUUGAGAGUAUUCCAUCAAAUGGGUGUGGUCUACAAGUGCUUGCCUAACUCAUUUUCCUACGAUUAUCUGGUCCAUGGAUUAUGUGCACAAGGGCGAACAAAUAAUGCUAGGGAGAUGUUUGAUGAAAUGAAGGAAAAAGGAUUUGUCCCAAGCAACAAGUCAUACAACUCGUUCGUGAAUGCUUUGGCUCUUGGUGGAGAAGUUGAGGAAGCGGUAAAUUAUUUGUCGGAGAUGAUUGAGAAGCACAGGUCAGUUGAUUUAAUCACAUACAGGACGAUAUUGGAUGAGAUCUGCCGGCGAGGAAGGGUUGGGGAGGCCACGAGAUUGUUGAAGGAGUGGCAAGAAAAAGACCUAGUGGAUGGGAUUACUUACAGGAAGCUUCUAUAUGUGCUCGAAGAUGACUUUGGAAAUUCAAAUGACAUAGAACGGUUCAGGUAUUAA